AUGCCUGAAGUUCGUAGCCAGUUGCAUGGGCACGUCUUCCGGGUUCUGUCCCGAAAGAGUCCUUUCGCGGACCCGGACGCUUUCGACCCUGGCGCAGAGACCAUCAGCUACCUCCGGGAAAGCUGCAAAGUUCUUGUGAUCGGAGCCGGCGGCCUCGGAUGCGAAAUCCUCAAGGACCUGGCAUUGUCGGGUUUUCCUGACAUCCAUGUCAUAGACAUGGACACCAUCGAUGUGACAAAUCUCAACAGACAGUUCCUCUUCCGGCAGGCUGAUGUGGGCAAGCCAAAAGCUGAAGUUGCCGCGGCCUUCAUCAACCGCCGUCUGGGGCAUCUGGGAACGAAGGUCAUUCCGCAUGUCGGGAAAAUCCAAGAUUUCGACGAGACCUUCUACAGGAAGUUCAACCUGCUCAUCGCCGGGCUGGAUAACAUCUCCGCCAGAAGGUGGAUGAACGCGACUCUGCAUGACAUGGUCGACCGCACCUCUGGUGAGCCAGACCCAAGCACUAUCAUUCCGCUGAUUGAUGGUGGCACAGAGGGCUUCAAGGGUCAGGCUCGAGUGAUCAUCCCGACGAUGACGUCCUGCUUUGACUGCUCUUUGGAUGCGUUUCCUCCACAGGUGAACUAUCCCCUGUGCACCAUUGCCGAGACGCCUCGCUUGCCCGAGCACUGCAUCGAGUAUGCGCUGGUGGUGAUGUGGGAGCAGCGGUUUCCCGGACAGAAGAUGAACGCGGACUCUGUGGCCGACAUGCAGUGGGUCUAUGAGACGGCCAAGGACAGAGCAGAGACCUUUGGGAUUCAGGGAGUCACCUACCAGCUUACCAUGGGUGUUGUCAAGCGAAUCAUUCCAGCGAUUGCGUCGACAAAUGCGUUGAUAUCUGCGGCGCUUGUUUCGGAAGCGUUGAAGGUGUCAACCUACUGUGGGCCCGUUCUGAAUAGCUACAUGAUGUACAUGGGACAGACUGGUGUGUAUACACACACCUUCCCGUACCAGAAGAAGGAUGAUUGCAUGGUGUGCGGAGGUGCAAAGCUUACCUUGACGCGCCCUCGGAACUCGACGUUGCAGGAGCUGCUCGAUUGCCUCGGGGCAAGUCCAUCACACCAGUUGUCCAGGCCAUCCGUGUCGAGUACUAGUGGCAUUGUGUUUAUGCAGAACCCGAAGCCCAUCCGCCAGCAGCAUGAGUACAAGCUGAAAAUGACACUCGACGAGCUGACAAAGGCGGAUCCGCCAGUGUUUGCACCAGGCGAAGACCUCACCGUCACGGACCCAAUGCUGCCCACAAAGUUAACUCUGCAAGUGUUCCUGUCGGAUGGCUGA